UUUUAUAUGAAAUUGUCAUUAUCAAAUAUGGAUGAUGAUCAUGAGGAUAUCAAAGUUGAUAAUGAUGAUGAUUUCUAUUCAGAUAAUUCAUUGGAUUCAUCUUCGUCAAUGAAUUAUAUAUUUUCAUCACUCUCAUCAUCAUCAUCGGGCGAUGAAUUAUUAGUAUCAACAGCAACAGGAAUCGAAAAUUCCAUUGGUCAUAAAAAGAUUAUAUAUCAAUAUUCUCACUUUAAUAGAGUGUAGGAACAAAAACAGUGAGAGAAACAGGAUUCAAUCAAUUUGGCCAUUUCUGUUUGGCUUUGAACUCAAAAGUUCCUAAUUGCCAUUUGUCCACACAAACAGUUUGUCAAAAACAAUGUUUUUAUCGAAUGAAAAUGGCCAUCAUUUUUAUCUAUUGCCAUUUCUUUGGAUUAGUUCAAAAUGGCGAAAAGUACGAUCAUUGGUAACAUCACCAUUUAUACAGACGUAUAAACGUAAAAAAUAUCCAUGGAUUCAAUUAGCCGGCCAUCAAGGCAAUUUUGUUGCCGGCCAAAUACAGGGAACGAUAAUGAAAAAUUGUGUGGAAAUGAAAUUGAUUGUUUCGAAAAAUUAAUGUCUGAUACACAAUUAUCUGUUUUGGUACCAGAAU